CAAAAGCAUAAACUUCACGCCGCGUAGUGUCUGCAUGCAAAUGAAUGGAGCAGGAACAUAGAGCUUCUGCACGCAAUUGAGCGCCGAUUUGCUCUGUGCUGUAGCCUAUUAGAGAUGGAGAGAAGUUCACAUCCCUGCAAUCUUAGUUCAGUGUUAUUACACCCAUAGUGAGAGAAGAGACUGAGAGAGAGAGAGUAGUGCACGAAAACAGUGCAGUCCGGCGCUAUUAUCCACUCCUCCGUCAAUUUCCUCAUCCUAGGAAAUGAGGGACGGGUCCGGUCUACGUGACGUCAUUCCGUCUCCGUGCCGGAAGUGACGCUUCAUCCUCACCGGCACGGUCUCCCUGAGGGGGCUUUCGGUUUGGCGUUUUUUGCCGUUGGCGGCGCCACUCGCUGCGAGGCCGCGGCGACGAGGAUGAUGGAGGCAACGGCGGGGCCGGGGGAGCGGUGGGCGCCGGUGGGAGCGGUGGCCGAGGCCCAAGCCGAGGAAGAGGACGCUGUGGAGGAAGCGGAGACCGAGCCGGGGUCUCCGCGGUCUCUGAGGUUGGAGCGGCGCCGCCUUCACUCGGCUCUCCUGGCUUUGGCCUCGCACUUCGCUCAGGUCCAGUUCCGGCUCCGGCAAGUAGCCCGCGCCGGGCCAACCCAACAGCAGCGCCUCCUCCGUGAGCUCGAAGAAUUCGCCUUCCGCGGCUGUCCGGGCUUCGGCUUCGCCGCGACGGACGGAGUCGACGCCGAUACCAAGAGUGAGCCUGAGAAGCAAGAACAGCUAGAGGCACGGAAGGAAAAGCAGCGAGAACUUAUCCUGCAGCUCAAGGCCCAGCUGGAUGACUUGGAAACAUUUGCCUACCAGGAGGGGAGCUAUGAUGCACUGCCACAGUCCAUGGUUAUGGAAAGACAGCGGGUGAUUAUUGAAGAGCUGAUCAAGAAGUUGGACAUGAACUUGAGUGAGGACAUCGCCUCUCUGUCCCCAGAGGAGUUGCGUCAGCAGGUGGAUGCUGCUGUGGCACAGAUUGUCAAUCCGGCACGUGUGAAAGAGCAGCUGGUGGAGCAGCUGAAAACCCAAAUCCGGGACCUUGAGAUGUUUAUCAAUUUCAUACAAGAAGAAGUCGGCAGCCCAGGCAAAGCAAAGGAUGGCCAUUGUGACUGUUCAGGUGGAAAAGCUGGAAGCGGCACCUGCAAGCCAAACAUCCGUCAGCCUCAUGGAAGCAACAGAGUGAACCCUGAAGAUGCCCAGAGGAUGCGGGAGACAGGGUUACAUCUCAUGCGCCGAAUGCUUGCCGUGCUGCAGAUCUUCGCUGUGAGCCAGUUUGGCUGUGCGACUGGGCAAAUCCCACACCAUUUAUGGCAGAAGGACCGGUCUGACAGGGACUAUUCACCCUUAGUGAAGAAGCUAGAGAUGGCUGUGGCCCAUGUGAGGCAGUUGGCCCCAAAGUACCAACUGACAGAGCCAGAACAUGUAAUCAGCUACUCGGGCUUCCAGGACACCACCUUGGGUGGGCGGGAUGAGCUAACACUGGCUGUGCGUAAGGAGCUGACAACAGCUGUGCGGGACUUGCUGGCCCAUGGCCUCUACACCCCAUCCCCUGGGAUGAGCUUGGUUUUAGCCCCCAUUGCCUGUUUGCUGCCAGUAUGGAGCUCCUCUCCUCAGGUCAUGCACCCUUGGGAGCUCUUUGUGAAGUAUUACAAUUCUAAGAAUGGCCGAGCCUUUGUGGAGUCGCCAGCACGCAAACUUUCUCAAUCUUUUGCCUUGCCAGUGAUGGGUGGGGUGCCUGCUACCCCAAAGCAGAGCCUGCUGUCGGCCAUCCACACAGUGCUGUCGGAGCAUGACCCGUUCAAGCGUAGUGCAGACUCUGAGCUGAAGGCUCUGGUGUGCCUGGCACUCAAUGAGCAGCGUCUGGUCUCCUGGCUCAACCUCAUCUGCAAGUCAGGGGCAUUGAUCCAUGCCCACUACCAGCCCUGGAGUUACAUGGCCCAGACAGGCUUUGAGGGGGCCCUCAAUCUUCUUAGCCACCUUAGUAACCUACGAUUCAGCCUCCCUGUGGACCUGGCUGUGCGGCAGCUGAAGAACAUCAAGGAUGCUUUUUGAGAGGCUGGGGAGGCUGGAGGCCCCACCUCAACCCCUUUAAAGGGGGAACACUUGCGGCUCAGUACAGGAGGCCACUUCUGUGCGUUCACAAGGGAGGGAAAUGCUGCUAGUUGGUGGUCUUCUGUUGCUGAGCUGCUGCUGGCUUGCCUCUGUUGCAUGCACCAGACCACAUGGAGCUCCUGCUAAUUCACAGGAACUCUGCUGAGGUUGCUGCCUUGGUGCUGUGUUUAAAGAGGCCCAUGUGCACAGUUCAUGGCUAUUAAGGAUAACCUGUUGUCCCUUGUACUGGAACCAGUAGAGAGGCUUAUGGCAGGAGGGCAUCUCUCCUAUCACAGGGAAUUUCUGAAGGUCCAAUAGUUAACUGUUUAUGCCCCAAGUCCCAUGGAGUCAGGGCCUAAUCUACAAAAGUACAGGAAAUAUUUUGGCUACAUCACAGAAAACUCCUUUUUCUCCCCAAGGUGGCAUAUGUGACAGACACACCACUCCAGGCCUGUAAUUUCAUGUUAAAAUGCACUGUCUGAGUUACCAAAUCUGAGCAGGAACUUUCCCUGUAUCAAUGGCCUUAAGGUAUUUGACCCUCAUGCUGCAGGACCAAUCUCUUGCUGGGAAGGUGUUUUUUUUUACCCAGUCAAAACUAUUAUAUGCUGGAAUAGAAUCCUGCAUGUGCUUAGGUGUCAGCAAAUGGCCACAGCGUAUGCCCAGUAUUCAGCAGCUGGCUUGCUGGAGAGGUAAUGUGAUGAUCAGGUGGAUUCUACAACUUUGUUACUUCCCAACAAAGCAUUGGAAGGAGAGAAUUCCCUACUAUAAACAGUUAGGUGGUGUCAGAGGGACUUCAUAAAGACAGGGAGAAUGCCCUUGAUUGUGGACAGAGGGUUUGGUCUGGGAUCUUGGGAAACAAGCACCUUCCUUGGCCUGUCAGAGGAGUGUGGGUGGAGGUAUAUCUGUAGUGGGAAAGGAGUUUUUUGCAUGCCUAUUUGAAAAGCAGUUGUCAUAACUCCCUCUUUGAAGGAACAAGCAGUCAGCUUUGUGAUGACUGGGAAUUAGAACUGUGGGACCUUGAACCUUAGGAUUCCAUGCCAGUUCUGUGGCAGUAGUAAGGCUUGGCAGAAUCCUUACGUGAUAUUUUUCUUCAGUGGAGCAGAACGGUUGUGGAAGAUGGAUCUGAAGGUAUCUGAAGACCAGGGGCAACUUUUGGUAUGUGGAUCGCUUGCCCCUUUGUACUUGAAGCAAUAUCCUAUUAAGAUUCUUCAAAAAAGGUUGGACACACACAAUCCUCAAAUGAUUCCUAGAUCCCAAUGCACAAGAUCUGUAACUGCCAGGAGUCUUGUAGGUCUUCAGAUCUCACAGAUACAGGUUAAGAUUAAGGGAAACGGUGCUGUCCUCAAAGCAAAGUCUGACAACACCUUCACUCAAGAGUGUGCAAAGGAGGUUCAGUAGCAAGCAAUGCUCGUGUGGUAAAGUUAUGUCUAUUUCUGAAAAUACAUAGUUGUGAUGUGUGUAUGUGUGUAAAUUGUCCUACUGAAAACCCUCCGUUUAACAUAAGAGCUGUCUUAUUUUUAUUUGUUGGUUUAUGUGUUGAUGCACUUCAGAAAGUUCUGUUCUCGGGUAUCUAUUUAAUACUGUGUAUUUUGUUUUGAGUACAGUUCAGUAAGAGGAAUAAUAUAUUGAUGGAGAAUUGUCUGUUGCUGGUAAUAAAUUCAGUCUGAUGGCUUUCUUAUUUU